GGCGAGGCGGGGAAUUGGCUGCUGAGCGAAUGCGGAUUCCCCUUUCAGAUAUUUGCAACGUGGUUGUGUUAUUUUAAACUGGUAUGCGAGAGCGGGUUUCCAGUAGGUGCUUUUUUUCGGUCGCGCUUCCAUUCCAACCUCUGCAAUGCCCGUGUAGAGAGUGGAGAGAUCACCCCCCUCGGAUCGGGGCUGGAAUGGAGACUGCCUUCGGACUGGGAUAGAGAGGGAGGGAGGGGGGUCAAGGAACGAAUGUGCCCGAGGUUGCUCGCAGUUACUUUGUGAAAUUGACAAUGAGCGGGGUGGUUACAGCGGGUAAACAUUGGGCCCCAUUGAAGAGAAGGCAGGAAAUGGUAACGGCGAAGGCACGGUGUGGUGUUGCAGUCUGCUGCUAGAACAAACAUGUUCAAGAACGGACCGAAACAAACCGACCACGGAUCGCAGUUCCAUUAGACAUUCCUAGUAACUAUCUUGAGAGAUCAGAAAAAGAAAUAUAACAAGCAAUGGACUCAAUCUGCAUCGUGAGGACCAUCAAAGAAGCCAGUGAGACCUUUUUGCCAAAUGGCACAGUUAGCUUUAAGGAAUCGUCCAAGUCUACCAUCGGGAUUUUGGGAAGUGGCGAUUUUGCCAAAUCAUUGGCAAUCAGGUUUAUACGGUCUGGAUACUCUGUUGUAAUAGGAAGCAGAAAUCCCAAACGAGCAGUUGGGUACUUCCCUCCUCUUGCUGAAAUCAUGCACCAUGAGGAUGCUGUUAUAAAAACCGAUCUCAUAUUUGUUGCCGUACAUCGCGAGCACUAUGCUUCCCUGUGGGACCUCAAGCCCUUGCUGGUAGGCAAAAUUCUUGUGGAUGUGAGCAACAACAUGCGAAUAAACCAAUAUCCAGAAGCCAAUGCAGAAUAUCUUGCAUCACUGUUCCCAGAUUCGACGGUGGUAAAAGGCUUUAAUGUAAUAUCUGCCUGGGCACUUCAGUUUGGCCCAAGAAAUGCGAACCGACAGAUAUACAUUUGCAGUAACGUGGUGGAAGCUCGACAACUGAUAAUUGAACUUGCCCGGCAGCUGGGUUUUAUUCCUGUUGAUAUGGGAAUGUUGUCUUCAGCAAAGGAGAUAGAAAAUAUGCCUCUGUAUCUCUUUACCCAUUGGAGAGGUCCUGUGCUUGUGGCAAUUGGCCUAGCCAUAUUUUUCUACAUCUACUCAUUCAUUCGUGAUAUUGUACACCCCUAUGUGAAGAACAAACAAAGUGACUUCUAUAAAAUUCCAAUUGAAAUAGUGAACAAAACUUUGCCUGUUGUUGCUAUUACCCUCCUUUCACUCGUGUACCUGGCUGGAUUGCUAGCAGCUGCUCUCCAGUUAUAUUCUGGAACUAAGUAUCGCCGGUUUCCUGUCUGGCUUGAACAUUGGCUACAGUGUCGGAAGCAGCUUGGGCUAUUGAGCUUCUUUUUUGCCUCUGUUCAUGCAGUUUACAGCCUUUGCCUUCCAAUGCGACGUUCGGAACGAUAUUUCUACCUCAACAUGGCUUAUCAGCAGGUUCAUGUCAAUAUUGAAAAUUCCUGGAAUGAAGAGGAGGUGUGGAGAAUGGAAAUGUACAUUUCUUUUGGGAUAAUGAGUCUGGGCUUACUGUCACUGCUAGCAGUAACAUCAAUACCUUCAGUCAGUAAUUCAGUGAAUUGGAGGGAGUUCAGCUUUAUUCACUCUACACUUGGUUUUGUGGCGCUCCUGAUCAGCAUAUUUCACGUCUUGAUUUAUGGAUGGAAACGAGCCUUUGAGGAGCAGUACUACAGGUUUUACACACCGCCAAAUUUUGUCCUAGCUUUAAUUCUACCGUUCAUCGUUAUCAUUGGGAAAGUUAUUUUGCUGCUUCCGUGCAUUAAGAAGAGAUUGAGAAAAAUACGCAAGGGUUGGGAAAAGAGUCAAUUCAGGGAUGACUCUUCAACAACAGUUCUUCAAGCAUCUCCAGAAAGUGUUACUGUUAUGUGAGAUUUUGCCAACAAUUAAUUUCCAUUUAACCCAUUCAACUUUAUGAAAGGACUACCAAGUUAAUUUUGCCCGAGUAGGUCGUAAAUCAAUGACAACACAUUUUAGAAGUUCCAAUUCCUUGUAUACCUUUGUAUUGUUUAAUAUUGAGAGAAUAUGUAUUGUAUUUAAUGGUGGACAGUGUAUGAACAUUUUAUUAAAGAUGAACACUUCUCAUAGAUACCCUGUUACAAAUUCUACUGUUCUGUUUUUGCCGUAUUUUUAAAAUUGACACAAGCUAUCUGUAAUGGCUACUAAUAAUGAAUAUUUUACUAAUUUGAUGUCUAGAUUAUAUAAUAAGAAUCUUUUCAUUGUGCUUGCCUACUAUCACACAAAUGAUAACGAACCUGUUCUUUGUCAAAUCUUGCAAAGAAUACUGCUUUGCAAAGUGAGUGGUCUACAGACACCAAGGUAUGUCAA